AUGGCUUUACAAGAUGUGUGUGGUUUUCUUGAACCCUCUCAAGAUUUUCAAUGGAAUGUUCCAUGUUCAUGGUCCAGGUCUCUAGAAAGAAACUUCUGCGUAGGUGGCUCUAAUACCAGAUGGCUGCAGGAAACCAGAAAUUCAAGUCCUUUGGAAUUUUAUGUGCCGGUGUAUAAAUACCUAACGCAGAGCCCUAUUCAAUUUGAGCAAGUCCAACCAAGCCUAGGCAACUCAACUUGGACCAACAAAAGCAAUGAUCAUUUACUGUCCACCCACUCCCCUAUCCCACUGUCCGUCUCUUCCUCUGUUCCUCUGCCAUUCCCUCUGGGUCAUGGCACCACUACGCUGGGAUUUAUCUUUCAGGGUGGUGUGAUUGCUGCAGCUGACUCGCGAUCCAGCUGUGCAGGCUUGGUGGCAUGUCCGGCAUCCCAAAAGAUCAUACCUGUCCAUUCUCACCUGGUGGGGACCACGUCAGGUACCUCGGCCGACUGCGUCCUCUGGAAGCGCAUCUUAGCAAGGGAAUUGAGGCUUUACCAACUUCGAAACAGACGAAGGCUGACGACGGCUGGUGCUGCCAAGCUGUUGUCACACAUGCUACACCCUUUUAAAGGAACUGAACUGUGUGUGGCUGCCACUUUGUGUGGAUGGGAUGGAGAGGAGGAGCAGGAGACAAUAUGUACAAGCGACAGGGGAGCUGAGAGCGGACCAGUGGUAGAAAGGGAUGACAUAACCUCUGUAGAUAUUAAAACCAAACCAACAGCUGUCUCUACUACAAAACACUCCGGUCCGGGUCUUGUUUAUGUAUGCAGCGAUGGCCUCCUUUUAAAGGGUGAACUCUUCUCUGUGGGCUCAGGUUCUCCCUAUGCUUACUCCAUCCUGGAUGAGAGGAUUCACUGGGGGAUAAGUGUUGAUGAUGCCAUCUCUGUAGCCAGGGAAGCCGUAUAUAGGGCCACACACAGGGACGCAUACUCAGGCAACAACGUAGACCUGUAUCACAUCACUGCAAAAGGCUGGACACGCAGGAAGAGGGAGGACCUCAAAGAAGAGUACUACAGAGAGAAGGAGAGAGAGAGGAGAAAAAUGGAAGAGAGGAAGAGGGAGAGAGAAAGGGAAAUAUUCAAGCAAGAAGACCAUUCUGAAUUCAACCAGUAA